CGCUAUGAUGGCGGCAGCCGCGGCCCGGGGGAGCUGCGUCUCCGGCUCCGGCUCCAGCGCCUCGCGGGGCUUCUAUUUCAACACGGUCCUUUCACUCGCCCGCUCCCUGGCCGUGCAGAGACCGGCAUCCUUGGAGAAGGUCCAAAAGCUGCUUUGUAUGUGCCCCGUAGAUUUCCAUGGGAUCUUCCAAUUAGAUGAAAGACGGAGAGAUGCAGUGAUUGCGUUGGGCAUUUUUCUCAUUGAGUCUGAUCUUCAGCACAAAGAUUCUGUGGUUCCUUACCUUCUUCGACUUCUUAAAGGUCUUCCGAAAGUAUAUUGGGUAGAAGAAAGCACAGCUCGGAAAGGCAGAGGUGCCCUCCCAGUGGCGGAGAGCUUCAGCUUCUGCUUGGUAACUUUGCUGUCUGAUGUAGCCUACAGGGACCCUUCGCUUAGGGAUGAAAUUCUAGAGGCACUUUUGCAGGUUUUGCAUGUCCUUUUGGGAAUGUGCCAGGCCUUGGAGAUUCAAGAAAAAGAAUACCUUUGCAAAUAUGCGAUCCCAUGCCUGAUUGGAAUCUCACGAGCAUUUGGACGUUACAGCAACACAGAAGAGUCUCUCCUCUCGAACUUUCCCAAAGUCCCUCCUCAUUCCCUCCGAGUCCCAGAGGAGCUAGAAGGUGUUCGGCGGCGUUCCUUCAAUGACUUCCGUUCCAUCCUCCCCAGCAACUUGCUGACUGUUUGUCAGGAGGGCACCCUGAAGAGGAAGACCAGCAGUGUGUCCAGCAUCUCUCAGGUCAGCCCCGAACGUGGGAUGCCUGCUCCUAGCUCCCCUGGAGGAUCUGCCUUUCACUACUUUGAAGUCUCUUACUUACCUGAUGGGAGCGCCCUGGAGCCCGAUUACUACUUCUCCACCAUCAGUUCCAGCUUCUCAGUUUCUCCUCUUUUCAAUGGCAUCACCUUUAAGGAGUUCAGUAUUCCACUGGAAAUGCUUCGAGAACUCUUAAACUUGGUGAAGAAGAUUGUUGAGGAGCCUGUUCUCAAAUCCUUGGAUGCUGUUGCAGCCAGUGUGAUAGAGGCUAACCCCAACGCCGAUCUCUACUACACCACAUUCAGCGACCCACUUUACGUGGCCAUGUUCAAGAUGCUGCGAGACACUCUGUAUUACAUGAAAGACCUCCCAACUACCUUUGUAAAAGAGAUCCAUGAUUUUGUGCUGGAGCAGUUCAACACGAGCCAGGGAGAACUUCAGAAGAUUCUGCACGAUGUAGACCGAAUUCACAGUGAGCUGAGCCCCCUCAAGCUGCGCUGCCAGGCAAACGCCGCCUGUGUAGACCUCAUGGUGUGGGCCGUGAAGGAUGAGCAGGGUGCAGAAAAUCUUUGCAUCAAGCUUUCUGAGAAGCUGCAGUCUAAGACAUCCAGCAAAGUCAUCAUUGCUCAUUUGCCUUUGCUUAUCUGCUGUCUUCAGGGUCUGGGCCGUCUGUGCGAAAGAUUCCCAGUGGUGGUGCACUCGGUGAUGCCGUCUCUGCGGGACUUCCUGGUUGUCCCAUCCCCCGUGCUGGUGAAGCUCUAUAAAUGCCACAGUCAGUACCACACAGUUGCUGGCAAUGAUAUAAAAAUCAGUGUAACCAACGAGCAUUCCGAGUCCACCCUGAGUGUCAUGCCGGGAAAGAAGAGCCAGCCCUCCAUGUAUGAACAGCUCCGAGACAUCGCCAUUGACAACAUCUGCAGGUGCCUGAAAGCUGGCUUGACAGUGGACGCAGUAAUCGUGGAGGCCUUCCUGGCCAGCCUUUCCAACCGGCUGUAUAUCUCUCAGGAGAGUGACAAGGAUGCUCACUUGAUUCCAGACCACACCAUCCGAGCCUUGGGACACAUCGCAGUGGCCCUGAGGGACACCCCAAAGGUCAUGGAGCCAAUUCUGCAGAUCCUGCAGCAGAAAUUCUGCCAGCCGCCUUCCCCCCUUGAUGUGCUCAUCAUAGACCAGCUGGGCUGCCUGGUUAUCACUGGAAAUCAAUACAUUUAUCAGGAAGUGUGGAAUCUCUUCCAGCAGAUCAGCGUGAAGGCCAGCUCUGUUGUGUACUCGGCCACUAAAGAUUAUAAGGACCACGGCUACAGGCAUUGCUCCCUGGCGGUGAUCAACGCCCUGGCCAACAUCGCAGCCAACAUCCAGGACGAGCACCUUGUGGACGAGCUGCUCAUGAACCUGCUGGAGCUGUUUGUGCAGCUGGGGCUGGAGGGAAAGCGUGCCAGCGAGAGGGCCAGCGAGAAGGGGCCUGCCCUGAAGGCUUCUAGCAGCGCAGGGAACUUGGGUGUACUCAUUCCUGUAAUAGCUGUGCUGACUCGACGGUUGCCGCCCAUCAAGGAAGCUAAGCCGAGGUUGCAAAAGCUAUUCCGAGACUUCUGGCUCUAUUCUGUACUGAUGGGAUUUGCCGAGGAGGGGUCAGGACUCUGGCCAGAAGAAUGGUAUGAGGGGGUCUGUGAAAUAGCCACCAAGUCCCCCCUGCUCACCUUUCCCAGCAAAGAGCCGCUGCGGUCCGUCCUCCAGUAUAACUCGGCCAUGAAAAAUGACACAGUCACCCCCGCUGAACUGAGCGAGCUCCGUAGCACCAUCAUCAACCUGCUGGACCCUGCCCCUGAAGUGUCUGCCCUCAUCAACAAACUGGACUUUGCCAUGUCCACCUAUCUCCUGUCUGUUUAUCGGCUGGAAUAUAUGAGGGUUCUGCGCUCAACAGAUCCUGAUCGCUUCCAGGUCAUGUUCUGCUACUUUGAGGAUAAAGCCAUUCAAAAAGACAAGUCCGGGAUGAUGCAGUGUGUGAUUGCUGUCGCAGACAAAGUAUUUGACGCCUUCCUGAACAUGAUGGCGGAUAAAGCGAAGACCAAGGAGAAUGAGGAGGAGCUGGAGAGGCAUGCACAGUUUCUUCUGGUGAACUUCAACCAUAUUCACAAGAGGAUACGGAGAGUUGCAGACAAAUACCUAUCUGGUCUGGUGGAUAAGUUUCCCCACUUGCUCUGGAGUGGGACAGUGCUGAAGACCAUGCUGGACAUCCUCCAGACCCUGUCAUUGUCGCUGAGCGCCGAUAUUCACAAGGAUCAGCCUUACUACGACAUCCCUGAUGCCCCCUAUCGGAUCACUGUUCCUGACACGUAUGAAGCCCGAGAGAGCAUCGUGAAGGACUUUGCUGCACGUUGUGGGAUGAUUCUACAGGAGGCGAUGAAGUGGGCACCUACAGUCACCAAGUCCCACUUACAGGAAUAUCUGAACAAACAUCAGAACUGGGUAUCAGGACUGUCUCAGCACACAGGGCUGGCCAUGGCCACUGAGAGCAUCCUUCACUUCGCUGGCUACAACAAGCAGAACACGACCCUCGGGGCAACUCAGCUCACCGAGCGCCCGGCCUGUGUAAAGAAAGAUUACUCCAACUUCAUGGCGUCCCUGAAUCUGCGCAACCGCUACGCGGGCGAGGUGUAUGGAAUGAUUCGUUUCUCCGACACCACAGGCCAUAUAUCUGAUCUCAACAAAAUGAUGGUCCAAGAGCUGAACACAGCGUUAGACCUUGGGAGUCCGCAGCACUACACUCAAGCCAUGUUCAAGCUGACGGCGAUGCUCAUCAGCAGCAAAGAUUGUGACCCACAGCUCCUCCAUCAUCUGUGUUGGGGUCCCCUCCGGAUGUUCAAUGAGCAUGGCAUGGAAACUGCCUUGGCCUGCUGGGAGUGGUUGCUGGCCGGCAAGAAUGGAGUGGAAGUGCCGUUUAUGCGAGAGAUGGCAGGGGCCUGGCAGAUGACAGUGGAGCAGAAGUUCGGCCUUUUUUCUGCGGAGAUAAAGGAAGCAGACCCCCUGGCAGCAUCGGAAGCCAGUCAACCCAAACCUUGUGCUCCCGAAGUGACCCCUCACUACAUCUGGAUUGACUUCCUGGUGCAACGGUUCGAGAUUGCCAAGUACUGCAGCUCUGACCAAGUAGAGAUCUUCUCCAGCCUGCUGCAGCGCUCCAUGUCCCUGAGCAUCGGCGGGGCCAAGGGGAGCAUGAACCGGCAUGUGGCGGCCAUCGGGCCCCGCUUCAAACUGCUAACCCUGGGGCUAUCCCUUCUGCACGCCGACGUGGUUCCAAAUGCAACCAUCCGCAAUGUGCUCCGUGAGAAGAUCUAUUCGACUGCCUUUGAUUACUUCAGUUGUUCCCCAAAGUUCCCUACUCAAGGAGAAAAGAGGCUGCGUGAAGACAUCAGCAUAAUGAUUAAAUUUUGGACUGCCAUGUUCUCAGAUAAGAAGUACCUAACAGCCAGCCAGCUUGUUCCCCCAGAUAACCAAGACACUCGGAGCAAUCUGGAUAUAGCGGUUGGCUCUCGCCAACAGGCCACGCAAGGCUGGAUCAACACCUACCCUCUAUCCAGCGGCAUGUCGACCAUCUCCAAGAAGUCAGGCAUGUCCAAGAAAACCAACCGGGGCUCCCAGCUGCACAAGUACUACAUGAAGCGCAGAACACUGCUCCUGUCUCUGCUGGCCACCGAGAUUGAGCGUCUCAUCACCUGGUACAACCCGCUGUCGGCCCCAGAGCUGGAGCUGGACCAGGCUGGGGAGAACAGCGUGGCCAACUGGCGGUCCAAGUACUUUAGUUUGAGUGAGAAGCAGUGGAAAGAUAACGUGAACCUCGCCUGGAGCAUCUCUCCUUACCUGGCCGUGCAGCUGCCAGCCAGGUUUAAGAACACAGAAGCCAUUGGCAAUGAAGUGACCCGUCUGGUUCGGUUGGACCCAGGAGCCGUUAGCGACAUCCCUGAAGCUAUCAAGUUCCUAGUCACCUGGCACACCAUCGAUGCCGAUGCGCCAGAGCUCAGCCACGUGCUGUGCUGGGCGCCUGCAGACCCACCCACCGGCCUCUCCUACUUCUCCACAGGGCCAGUCCCAGGUUGGGGGUGGGGGACAGGGGACGGGAACCUGGGGCAUCCAUCCAUGUUGAGUUGUUCACCUUUCCUAGAGGUAGGGAAUUGUCCCCUCUCCCCUAGGAUCAUGGUCACUUCUCCUUUGCAGGACGCCAUCCUGUUCUACAUCCCCCAGAUCGUGCAGGCCCUCAGGUAUGACAAGAUGGGCUAUGUGCGGGAGUAUAUUCUGUGGGCUGCAGCCAAAUCCCAGCUUCUGGCACACCAGUUUAUCUGGAACAUGAAAACAAACAUCUAUCUGGAUGAAGAGGGGCACCAGAAAGACUCCGACAUCGGUGAUCUCCUGGAGCAGUUAGUGGAGGAAAUCACAGGCUCCCUGUCGGGCCCAGCCAAGGACUUCUACCAGCGGGAAUUUGAUUUCUUUAACAAGAUCACCAACGUGUCAGCCAUCAUCAAACCCUACCCUAAAGGAGACGAGAGAAAGAAGGCUUGUCUGUCAGCUCUGUCUGAAGUGAAAGUACAGCCUGGCUGCUACCUGCCGAGCAAUCCAGAGGCCAUUGUGCUGGACAUUGACUACAAAUCGGGGACGCCCAUGCAGAGUGCUGCAAAAGCUCCAUAUCUGGCUAAAUUUAAGGUGAAACGAUGUGGUGUUAGUGAACUCGAGAAAGAAGGUCUGCGGUGCCACUCGGAUUCCGAGGACCAGUGCGGCACACAGGAGGCUGAUGACCAGAAGAUUUCCUGGCAGGCGGCCAUCUUCAAAGUGGGAGAUGACUGCCGACAGGACAUGCUGGCCCUGCAGAUCAUUGACCUCUUCAAAAACAUCUUCCAGCUGGUCGGCCUGGACCUCUUUGUCUUCCCCUACCGUGUGGUGGCCACUGCCCCCGGGUGCGGGGUGAUUGAGUGCAUCCCUGACUGCACCUCUCGGGACCAGCUGGGCCGCCAGACAGACUUCGGCAUGUACGACUACUUCACACGACAGUAUGGAGAUGAGUCCACCCUGGCCUUCCAGCAGGCGCGCUACAACUUCAUCCGCAGCAUGGCCGCCUACAGCCUCCUGCUGUUCCUGCUGCAGAUCAAGGACAGGCACAACGGCAACAUCAUGCUGGACAAGAAGGGCCACAUCAUCCACAUCGAUUUUGGCUUCAUGUUCGAAAGCUCACCGGGUGGCAACCUCGGCUGGGAACCAGACAUAAAGCUGACAGAUGAGAUGGUGAUGAUCAUGGGGGGCAAGAUGGAGGCCACGCCCUUCAAGUGGUUCAUGGAGAUGUGUGUCCGUGGCUACCUGGCUGUGCGGCCCUACAUGGAUGCGGUCGUCUCUCUGGUCACCCUCAUGUUGGACACGGGUCUGCCCUGCUUCCGUGGCCAGACAAUCAAGCUCUUGAAGAACAGGUUCAGCCCCAACAUGACCGAGCGAGAGGCUGCAAAUUUUAUCAUGAAGGUCAUUCAGAGCUGCUUCCUCAGCAACAGGAGCCGGACCUACGACAUGAUCCAGUACUAUCAGAAUGACAUUCCUUACUGAGGGUGGCGUCAGAGCAUCAGCUGUCGUGGCUCCCCUACCCAAGCUGUCCACAAUCAUGGAGCUGUGCAAGCACUUCCCCACCCCCCUGCUGUGCAAGGUCAAAGGGUGUGAACUGUUCACGGCCAUUUUCAUGCAAUGGAGUUAUUUUCAUAGGACAUACAGGACAAAAGAAGUGCACCCCUGCAGAGCCUGGCCCCCCACUCCUUCUUUAGGUGUGGCCCACAUGUGGCAUGUGAGACUGAAACGACAAUCAUCUGAUGGCACUCUCUCUGCUUGGGUGUGAAUAAUUUGCACUGAACACAUUCCCUACCUAUCUUAUUUCAUAGGUACAUGAAGUAUUUUCUAGUGUAUAAAAAAAAAAAUUAUGUUCAACUUAAGGUUUAACCAACAUGGAGAAAAUAAUCAACAAAAGUGUUGUGUCGAACUUGAAUAUCAGGUUUAUUGUCAAGUCCUAAGUGCACAUUCAGCUGAGGGGUGAUUCCUAGAUGUGCUGGGAAGACAGCAGGGCAGUGUUUCCUCUCCAGAGUCCUGAGACAAAAGGUGGGUAAGGGCCGGCCAGCUGCGGAGCCUGCAUUCACAGGCCUUCCAGGGAACCCCUAAGCUAGGACUGGCCACCACGCAGGGGGACGUCAGGCAUUGCAUGUGCCGAAGGGGUCAGGGCCGGGCACCCUGAUUAUGAGCUUCACAAAGACGACUCACCACAAUGCAAAUGUACCAAAAAUAACAUUGCAAUCUCCCUCCCUAACUGCUCUUUUCCACUCCAAAGCUGUCUCCACAGAGGGCUCCUGUGGAGGCCAUCUGGCCAUCCUGUCCACAUCUCUGUGUCCUGCUUCUGCUCCAGUCUUUUCUUGUUUCCCUCUCAUUCAUGUUUAAGUUCUCUGUUCUGAGAAUCCGAAAUCUUUGUGCCACUAGCCCCCAGCAGCAGCUGUCUAUUCCCACCCACUACAACCCUCGAAUUAUUUUAAGACCCAAACCUAAAAAAAAAAAAUCUAGAAAUAAGUUAAACGGCAGAUAUAGAGGAAGAAAAAAACAAUCAAUGAGAAACAAUUUUAAAAGAAAAGUUGAAUGAGAAGCCCUUAUCAACUUCUAAUGGGAUUCCAAUGAGAAGCCCUUAUCAACUUCUAAUGGGAUUCCAUAGUUGGUAAAAAACAAAUACUAAGCUUCAGGGAGCACACUUGAGUCCUGAGCAGUAUAAAUAAACAUAAAUAAGCUAAUAUGUAAGUUAAAAGGAACUCUUAAAAAUAUUACAUUAAUCAAAAAAGUCAGAAAAGGAAAGAAAGAAGAAAAAAUGACAGAUGGGACAGAAAUCAUGCAAUCGUAGACUUCAAUCCAACUACAUCAAUAAUUAUAUCAAUGGGCUAACCACUCCAAUUAAAAGGCAAGGAUUAGAAACAUAGAUAAAAACAUGAAAUGAUUGCACUUAAAAUAUAAAGACCUAAGGUGAAGUUAAAUAGAGGAAAAAAGAACCAUAAUCAUGUGAGUUGAAUGUUCACGAAGCAAUAUUUGACAGAAUUCAAGGGAGAAAAUAACUCCACAAUCAGAGUUGGAGAUUUUAACCUCUCUCUCCACAAUUGAUUAGAACAACUGGCAAGAAAGUAAACACAGGAGACCUGAACAACUGUAUUAUCCAUCUUCACCUGAUAGGCAUUUAUAAAACUUACUAUACAUCAGCAGUAACAACGCACCAUCUCUUCACCAUCACAGGCUGUUCGAAUGAUUCAGAGAAUGUCCUCUGAUUACAUGGAAUUAAGUUACGUAUCAAUAACAAGAACCCUAAAUAUUUAGAAAUUAAAAGAGUAGAACUAAAAUACUAGACAAUACAUGUAAGAUCUUAGGAAAUAUCAGAGUUAAAAUGCUUUAAGGUAGUGUUUGGGGAGGAUGGUAGAGAUGAGCCAAGUAAAUAGGAUACCGUCAUAUAGGGAGUAACUUUCAGAAAGAUCCAACAGAAGAUAGGAAGAGGGGAGGAAGAGCACAGAAAAAGCAGGAUAAGCACAUUUUAUAAAAUAGUAGAAAUGCAUUCAAACAAUAAUAGUUAAUAAGAGCUUGUCAAAUUAGCUUUAAAAAAAAAGUCAAAUGUUAUGUACAAGAUUCCAGCAAUAUGGCAAAUUAAUAUAUCUUGAAAAAUUAGAAACUAUUUACAAUACUGGGGAGAAAAUCUAAAUCCGUGAGCUGACAAGAAAAUAAGGUCUCUAGAGACUGAAAUAGAAAAUCUUGAGAAUAAUCAAGUUGCUAUUUUGAUGAUAUGGGAAACAAAAGACCUUUGAGGAGUUUGUUAGGGGAGCUCGGUCAGCACUCAAGAUAGGGCGUACUGGAAAUAAAGCCAUGCCCAAAAGACCAGGAACUUUCUGUAAAAAACCCAUCAUGCUUACAGGUGAAAUAUUGAAAGCUGCGCCUCCUAGAUAAGAAUGAGCUGUAUAUGAGUCUGCUUUAUUUCUCUUCAGCUCUAGCCAGUUCAGUCAGGGCAUAAAAAGAAAGUUUAAGGUUCUAGAAAGAAAGAUAACUCAGAAAAUGGCAUUUUUGUACAUAAAACUCCCAAAUCUAUAAAUGGGAUAUAUAACCAGGGUGAUAGGUCACUAUGUAAAGUCCUGUGUAUGUCUGAAAAUAAAAAUUCAAAUUAGAACUACCAUUUACAACUGUAUAUCAAAACAUCAAAUACCAAGAAAAACUAAAGAAAGAUUCAUAAAUAUUAAAAACUACAAAUGUUGAAAGAUCUAAACAGAGUAACAUUCUUGGACUGGAAGACUCAACAUUAUACAGAUGUUUGUUCUCAAACUGAUCUGUGGUUUCACUGCAUAUGCCAAUCAAAAUUCCAGAAAGUUGUGUAGUGGAAAUUGGCAAGUCUGAAAUUUAUGUGGAAAUGCAGAGUCAAAAUAAAACCUUUCUGGUAUUGAAGAUCAACAAACCUAGAUAUUAAGACCUAUCCGGAAGCUACAGUAGUUAAGACGAUAUGCCUUGCUGGUGCCAGCAAAGGUAGAUAAACAAUGGGGGAGAUAAAGCCCAGGAACUCCCCACAAACAGACAUGCAGGGUAGGAGGGGGAAGACAGGCUUUUGAAUAAUGGUGUGUCAACUGGAUAUCAAUAUAGAAAAAAGUUGACUGCUUUUCUCAUCUGACAUCAAAAUCACUUCCAGGUGGCCUAUAGAGCUCUAUGUUAAACUUUAAAGGCUUUUAGAAUACAGAAGAGAAUGUCUUGCUGACCUCAGGACACACAAAGGUUUCUUAACCAAAACACUAAUAAAGGGCAAAAAUUAAUUUGGAUUGUAUUAAAGGCAUGCCACAGACCUGGAGAGAUAUUUGUAAUCUAGUUCAUAUACUUAAAUUAAUUUGGAUUGUAUUAAAGGCAUGCCACAGACCUGGAGAGAUAUUUGUAAUCUAGUUCAUACACUUCUGUGUUAAAGAAAAAAUUAUUAAGGUGUCAUUUUUUUCAACAUAAAGCCAACAAGGUAGGUCAAAACAUCUUAAGAAAUAAUGCAAUGUUGCUCUUUCUUAAAAUAGAAAUUCAUUUUUAAGGAGGGCAGCAAGGCCCUGACAUUAAAAUAAGAUGAGAACAUUCCAAGAAAAUUAUAGAGCAAUGUCCUUCUCGAUAUAGAUGCAAAAAUCUAACAAAAUAUUAGCAAAUUGAACAUGAUGUAUUAAAUGGACCGUCGUGACCAAAUGGGCCUUAUCCCAGUAAUGCAAGGUUGGAUUAAUGUUCAAGAAGCAAUUAGUGUAAUUCACAUGAACAGACUAAAGAAGGAACACCAUAUGAUCAUUUCAAUAGGCAGACAAAAUUCAACACCCAUUCAUAAAAAUAGCAAAAUAGAAAUAGGAACUUUCCUCAACCUGAUAAAGAUCAUCUAAGAAAACUCAGAGCUAACAUCUUGAUGAUGAAAUACUAAAGGCAUUCUCCCCAAGAUCAGGAGCAAGACAAAGGUGUUAUCACUUCUAAUCAACAUUGGGGAUAAAGGCAGUAGAGAGACUGGAAAGGAAGAGAAGAAACUGCCCUGCUUCACAGACAAUAAAAUUGUCUAUAGAAUGCUGAGGAAUGUAAAAGUACAAAAAACAAGGGAUUUAAGCAAUACUGCAGUACAAAAGGUAUACAAGGGCAUCGUACAAAAAUCAGUUGUAUUUCUAUAUGCUAGCAAUGAACAGUUGGAAAAUGAAAUUCUAAAAAUCUAUACCGUUCAUAAUAGCAUCCCCAAACAUGUAAAAAUGUACAAGAUCUCUACACUAAAAAUUCAAAACGUUGCUGAGGGAAAUAAAAAAUGGAGAGUAA